AUGUGUAUACCAAAUUUUAUUUUCGUUGGCUUACUUUCUUCUUGUAUAUCUGUGUCUGGACAACCUUGUUCUUUGCCACAUAUUUACAGGAAAACACUGUACAGCAUUGAAAAUGGCAAGGAGACAACUACACAAAUAAAAGCCACUGAACUCUACCAAGACAUUGAUAGACUCAACGGUACUUGCCACCAAAUUCUCUUAACAACAACAGUUGAAGCCAACAAAUCGGAUUCCAUUCAUGUUAUAUAUAAGAACAGGACAAACGAUUGUUACUUCUGUUAUGAACUUAUAGCCCGUAGCGAAAAUGUUAUUCAAUAUCGAAAGAGUCAAUGUCAACCUAUUUUUAAGGGGCGAAAUAUUUCCGAGAUCUGUAAUCUGAUAUCCGGUACUGAACUUGAAACCGGCUUCAUUAAUUCCCGAGAGCAGUACUCCGAUUUUAACUGCAAAAGCAUAAUUGAGGGCAUUUACUCCUUUGAAUAUCGAAUCGUUGGUAGUACAGGUGUGUGUCGUAGCCCGAACAGCAUUUUGAAGGCCUGUCAACGUCAGGGCUCUCCAUUGCGCGAUAACUCAGUGUACGAGCAGACGUUUGGUUUCUGUCCCAACUUUUUCGAGACCUCGGUCUUAGAGGAGCCGAACAUUGUAUAUGGAAAGGCUAAUAUCUGGCGGUGCUACGCACGAUGGGUGGCUGACGAUGGCACCGUCUGGGCCGCGGUGGAAUACGACACGAACAUGCCGAAGUUCAAAUACCGCUGCCUCACCACUCGCAUUGAUCAGCAAAAUCGACGUGACAUUAUUCAAUGGGGUAUGACAGUGGAUGCGGACUGCAAGAAUUUGAAGAACUACUUUACUGCGCCGAUUCGUUUAAUACUGGAGCCUGCAUUUGACCCUGUCACUCAGCUGGUGGAGAUGCAACCCACCUGUAAACUGCCCACCAACUACAGCGGAAAUUGGUUCUAUCCAAGCGAGUACCAGACCUCAGUACAAAUAAACGCGACGCACAUUUACAUGAGGCGAAAGAGAGACGACUACACAUUCGAGGACAUAUAUUUUAUAUGUCGUCAGCAACAACUUUCCCGCUAUCUCAUGGCCGUCGUGACUCGCGGUCAAUGUGAAAUUGACUUCAUGUGUUUCGAGUUAAUCCCGCGUCAUCAUAACAUCGCGCGAUUUCGCAUGGGACGCCCCUUUCCCCUGGAACCAUUGGUGAAGGACUCUCUCGGCGAAUCAGAGUAUAUGUUGCGGAUUUAUAAGGAGGCAUGUCAUUGGAGCAGUUUCACGCUCAAUUAUAUCGAAUGGACUUACGAGUAUUUCGUCCUUGAUCCACCCGUCCCUAUUAACUGUCCCAUCCAAGGAAAGUACAAGUUCAUCCAGACAGGUCAGGAGGCGGAGAAGUAUGUCUUUAAGAUGCCCAAUGGAAUGACUCCAAGACCGUGGCUUCAGGUCUUAUGCUACCAUUACUGGCAAACCAAUAUCGAGGCCUGUUUGAACGACCCGAAAAUCCUCAAGCUGGAUGUACAAAAGUGCUGGCGUCUUGAUUUUGCUGGAAGACCCAUCUCAGAAUACGACGUCACCGAUAACUAUAUUGCAUGCGUAGGAUUCUGGAUGGAGGAUACCAAAUCCUAUCUCAUUACCUAUGAUCGUGAAGAUCCAGUUUCAAACAGAUUCCGUUGUUGGGUCUACCAGCGUCUCUCGAUGCGCUCUUUUGCGAUGUCACGCAGUCUCGGCAACCGAUGCGGAAAGAUGCAGACAGCUGAAUCGUCCCUGCCUGAAGAAGGCGCCUCCUUACGCCUGGAGUUGAUGGAGGAUGAGUAUGAGUUUGACGUGUGCCCCAUGAACUACGAUGAUGGACGAAAUCCCUAUGUCAAUCCUGCUGUACUAAAUGUCUAUGCUCAUGCAAUCACCGUCACGCCACCAUCAUUGGUCAUCAUUUUUGGGCUGAUUUUAAUUGAGACGGUGUGA